GUGAGCCGAGAUCACGUCAUCGCACUCCAGCCUGGGAAACAAGAGCAAAACUCCGUCUCAAAAAAAAAAAAAAAGGCUGGGCGUGGUGGCUCACGCCUGUAAUCCCAGCACUUUGGGAGGCCAAGGCAGGCGGGAGCCGCCGCGCGCGGCCUCAGACGCUUUUCUCUAGGUAAAGCCGCGGGAUGAACCAGCCCCUGUGGAAAUUUAGAAAUAACGACGUCCGUCAAUUUCUGUAUGAAAAAUAUACAGAUCGUGUGGAACGUCUUCUGGGAAUGAAAGUCUGCUAAACUCGCCGUCACGAGUAGAUGAACACAUUUAAAGUUUGUAGUUAAGAGGAAAACAACGCCAACGACACAAAUGCCCCAAGCGCUGGAUGAAGCAGCGACCAAGGAUGGGGUGGCCUGGAACGGGAACCAAGACGCCUGGCCGGACGAAAACGAGCAGGGAAGCCCGGGCCGGGGUCGAUCGCCCCACACGACGCACUGCGCAGCGACUACGCGGCUCCGGGUCUCGCCUGCGCCGGCGCCUCCUUCGCAGACGCGCUCCUCCCACGCGAGGGCCCCUUCUCCCAAGCGCACGCCGAAGACUGCGGGCCGCAGCCCGCCCUGCCCAGCUGAGGCGCAGACCCCGACGGGUCCCAGCGGGGCGGGGCGGGGCGGAGAGCUCGUCCAACGGCAACGGGAGCCGCACGCUGCUAGGCAACAUGCUAUCUCCCGGCAACGUAGAGGCGGGGAAUUCGCCAACGUGCCUGAAACAGACAACAAUUUUAGCCAACGGCUGUGUGGGCCUUGGCCGUCCUGGCCAAUGGGAAUAGCCACCAGCUUUCAGCGUUCUCCAGCCUCGCCACACCUCCGCCUCGGGCCGUCCCCGCCCAGACGCUUAUCCCCGCGAGAAGCUGAGCGCACCGAAGCGAGCCCGGCUGCUGCGGGAGAGGAGCCCGGCUCUGACGCCUGUCAGGAAGCUCAGAGGCGGCAGCACCACUUCUGCGUUGAUUUCCGCUUUACUUUUACUCUUUUCUUGGGUUAA